AUGGCGGUGGCUCCGGUUCGAUGCCGGCGAUGGGAGGUUAUGGCACUGGGACAAGUGGAGGGACCUGAAGACUUGCUUUAUGACUCAAGUGGCGGAGGCGUGAUAUAUACAGGGUGUAGCGAUGGGUGGAUCAAGCGAGUCACGGUGAACGAUUCGGCGGCCGACUCGGUGGUCCAUGACUGGGUCAACACUGGAGGAAGACCUCUCGGUCUUGCUCUGGGCCUCAAUGGUGAUAUCUUAGUCGGUGAUGCAUACAAGGGCUUGGUGAGAGUGACAAGAGAAGGGAAGAUUGAGUUGCUGACAGAUGAGGUUGAAGGAGUAAAGUUUAAAUUAACAGAUGGAGUGGAUGUUGCAGAAGAUGGCACCAUUUAUUUCACAGACGCUUCCUACAGAUACAGUUUAAAUAAUUUCAUGUUCGACUUUCUGGAAGGGAAGCCUCAUGGAAGACUCAUAAGCUAUGAUCCAUCAACCAACCGCACCACACUUUUGGCCUCCAAUCUCCACUUUGCCAAUGGAGUUGCAGUCUCACCAGAUCAACAAUUUGUGGUCUUCUGUGAAACCCCAAGAAAGUAUAAUAUAAAGGGCUCUAAGAAGGGGAGAAUUGAAAAUUUUAUUGAAGAUCUACCUGGUUUCCCCGAUAACAUUCAUUAUGAUGCACAAUCACAACGUUAUUGGGUUGCCAUGGCUAUGCCGUCAAAUCUGAGGCAUGAAGCAGUGGCAGAGAUUAUGGAGGCAAGUGGGGGACUUGUUUCUGUGGACUUGGAAGGAAAAGUAAUGAGUCAUUACAAUGAUACAGAGUUGAUUUUGGUUUCAAGUGGCAUUAAGAUCGCAAGUUCUAUCUAUUUUGGCUCUUUGCUUUAUCCCUUCAUCCUUCGUCUCCAUCUCUAG